AUGAAACAACGAAAAACUACGACACUCAAGAGCGAUCAUGAUGAUGACAACGAGAAUGAUCUGGAAAUGAAACAUCAAGAUCAUGAGGUACAUCGGAAUGAUCCUAUUCCUCAUCAUUUGUAUCAUUCGGAACAUCAUCAAGCUUCCAUCAAGAAAUUUGAAUUAGCUGAUCAAGUUCUCUACAAGAGAAAGCCUCAAGUCCUUUGUCCAAUGUGCCGAAUGUUUAUGAAUUCAUUUCCGGAAUCCUUAAAUUCGGAAGAGUAUGAACCAUCGGUAUUUGAGGAAGUGGCUAAUAUACUCACUCAUGGAUUACCGUUUCCUUUUUUUGUGUAUUUAUUUUACAAGUUAUUUGCAGAAGUUGUCAAUACGAGAGACGAAUUUGUAGCAGCAUGUUUAUAUUGUAUUUCAUUACUAGCAUUAUUUAUAGUUUCUACUUCGUAUCAUGUCAUGUGUUUAAUUUAUGGAAAAUUUUCACCCAAGACUUAUUGGUUUCGAAUUGUGGAUUAUGCCACCAUUUAUUUAUUUAUUGCUGCAUGUUAUACUCCUUUUUUGAUGGUCAUUCAACUUGGCGUGUCGAAUUUUUGGGGAAGAUUGUUGACCAUUGCAGUUUGGAUUUUAGCUUGUUGUGGAUUAAUUAAGGCAUUUUCAGAGGGACGACUUCUUCAAAAGAUUAGCAACGCAACACUAUUUAAUGUCAUGGGAUGGAUUGCAUUGAUCGGAAUUCCUCAAUCCAUGUUUAUUCACGUACCACUAGAGGCAUAUAUAGGUCUCUUUUUUGGAGGAGGAUGUUUUUCUUUUGGAAUUGUGUUUUUAAAUGGUGAUGGUGUGAUACCCUUUUCUCAUGCUUGGUGGCACUUAAUUUCAGUUUCUGGAAUACUGUCACACUUUUUGAGUAUUUAUUGCUACAUGUUUCAACUCGAUGAGAUGUUCCACCCGGAGCAGAGUUCUUUCAAUUCUAAAGUUGUUUGGAUGCAAAUCGUUGAUACUGUGAAGGGGGAACGAAAAUUAUUUGGCCAUUCGACGCCAUUCAAGUAG